CACCAGUAAUUUACCUUCGAUACGUCCCCCCCCUACCCCCCUCCCCAAUCUGGCUCAAACAUGGCUCUGUACGCCCGCUUUCUCGUAGUCGUGCUGUACGGAUGGAGUUACCUCUGCGUUGGAUACUGCGCGAUGCUGAAAGACCAUUUCGCCACGAGAAAAAACGCGGAGUUUACGCAUCCGGCGGAUAAAGCGCAUUCUGCGAAGGAAGACCAAGACCUGCUCUCUCAGGAUACAGUGACGGAGCAUAUGCAGAUGCUCUACGCCAAGUACAACCAGGCUGGCUUUCCCUUCAAGGACGGCAACACCGUCCGCAGCUUCAAGGCGCACUGGGGCACAAUAAACCAGAAGCAGCUGCAGAUAUUCAACCUCACAUCCCUCACCAAGUCGGAGGACGUCCUCUCAGCCACCCUCCACUAUUACAUCGGAGACCUCCACAACCGUACCCACGGGUGCGCCGGGGUCAAAAGCUGCGCGCGCCACGGCCCGCGGAGGCACGGUCGCGUCCAAAUGGCGGUGUGGAGCUUCGGCUCCGUGGACAACAACACGGGCACUCUGGGGCAUUUUCUCAUCAACGUAUCCACUGUCUACAGGGGCUUCAUAUCUUGGCAAUGGAAGGACAUUACGCGAGUGGUAAACCAGGCUAAGCACCACGACGAGCUGCUCAUUGGCAUCGAGGUGGCCUCCCGAGGAUCUCGGCCCUGGAGAAGGCUCCUCUCCGACCGCUCGCCUUACAUUCUGGUCUACGCCAACGACUCGGCCAUCUCGGAGCCCGACAGCGUGGUGAGGCUGCAGCGGCACCACCCGGCGGCGGCGGCGGCGGCGGGGGAUGCCCAGGUGCGACGCAGACGUGAGCGGUCAGUGAACACCCUGCUCCCGCUGCAAAACAACGAGCUGCCCGGGCCCGAGUACCGGUACGACACCACCGGCUGGGACGAGGCUGGCCCGUACCAGCCGGUGGACGACAAGCAGACCCGCCGGCCGCGGAAAAAGACGCGGAAGGGCCAGCGGCACCAGAUGCCCCUGCUGCAGUUCGACGAGCAGACCAUCAAAAAGGCGCGAAGGAAGCAGUGGGACGAGCCGAGAAACUGCGCCCGCAGGUACCUGAAGGUGGACUUUGCCGACAUCGGAUGGAGCGAGUGGAUCAUCUCCCCCAAGUCUUUCGACGCCUACUACUGCUCCGGCUCCUGCCAUUUCCCCAUGCCGAAGGCUCUGAAGCCCUCCAACCACGCCACCAUCCAGAGCAUUGUGCGGGCGGUGGGGGUGGUGCCGGGCAUCCCCGAGCCAUGCUGCGUGCCCGAGAAGAUGUCCUCCCUCAGCAUCCUCUUCUUGGAUGAGGACAUGAACGUGGUGCUCAAAGUUUACCCCAACAUGACCGUCGACUCCUGUGCCUGCAGAUAACUGAACACACGUUAUAGUACAUGAAAACAUACACACACACACACACACACACACACACACACACAACUC